AAAUCAUUGCCGCAGAACAAAUGUUUCAAUGUCAUUCAUUAUCUUUUACGACAUAAGUGAGGAAGUAAUGUUAGAGUUACAGUGAACAUCUAGAGCACGAAAUCAAUCGAUGAUAAAAGAUAUUAGAUGAAUGUGGUCUAUUUUUGUGUGUACAUGUCAAGUUUGUUCUACACAUCAGCUCAUCGAACAGACAGUGGCUGUUGUUGACUAGGUGUUGGAGCAGUGGCUAAAUGCCAUUUCUCUGAUGAAGUGAUCUUUCAGUGACUAGAUUUUGUUUUAGUGACUAGUCGUUGUUUCAGUGAAAUAAGUGUUUUUCUUUUUCAGUGACUAGGUGUUGUUCCAUGAACACAUACAAUGCUUGCGUUAUUGUGUUUCAUUCUCUCUGCGUCUCUGUGUUGGGCUCUACCUCCCAGACCACAUCUUGUGUUUAUUGUGGCUGACGAUUUAGGUUGGAAUGAUAUAGGCUACCACAACCCAGACAUCAUAAGUCCUACCAUAGAUUCUCUGGCCUAUUCUGGGAUUAUACUGAACCAAACCUAUGUGCAGCCUUUAUGUUCACCAUCCAGAAGUGCUCUUCUAACAGGUGUCUAUCCAUUCAGGCUUGGAACACAGCACUUGGUCAUCUUAAACAAUCAAGAGGUCUGUGUACCACUGACCCGGUCAUUGUUGCCUCAAGUUUUGAAAUCGAAUGGAUAUAAGACUCACAUGGUAGGAAAGUGGCAUCUAGGUUUCUGUAAGUGGGAGUGUACACCUACCUUCAGAGGUUUUGACACAUACUACGGCUAUUACAACGCUGAUGAAGAUUACUACAGUAAAAUAACAGACAAAGGAAUUGAUUUCCGGAUCAACACAACUGUGGGCAAAGAAGCUGUAGGCAAUUACUCAGCAUAUCAGUACGCUACACGAGCUGAAGAGAUUAUCAAGUCACAUGACCCGGACACACCGUUGUUUCUGUACUUACCAUUCCAGAAUGUUCAUGAACCUUUAGAGGUACCUGAUCAGUACUUGAAGCUCUAUCCAAACAUCUCCGAUGAAAACAGAAGAAAUCUGUCUGCUAUGGUCACGGCAUUGGAUGACGCCAUUGCCAGAGUGGUGACUGCUUUGAAAACAUACGACUUGUACAGCAACACUUUAAUAGUAUUUACCGCAGACAAUGGAGGAUGGACACUUUAUGGUGGAAACAAUUACCCUCUCAGAGGAGGAAAGUUUACAAUAUUCGAGGGAGGUACACGUGUUCCAGCUUUCCUACAUGGACCAAUGUUACAAAAUCAAGGCAAAGUUUAUAACGGAAUGAUGCAUGCAGUGGACUGGUUUGCUACGUUGGUAAAGGCUCUUAAUAUAUCAUACAAUGAUCCAGAUCAAGAUGGUGUCGACCAAUGGGAAGCAAUUAAUUCAUUAGGGGCAUCCAAGAGAACAGAACUAAUAUACAAUCUAGAUUUCCUGUUUCCUCCAUUGCAAGGAGAGGCCGCUAUUAGGGUCGGUGACUUCAAACUUAUUGAGGGCUUUCCAGGAUUAUUUCAAGACUGGUAUAAACCAGCUCAGUUAGAUCAAGGUGUUAAUUACACCAUGAAAUCUUGGACACCAUCUGAUGUGUUACCUCAAUCUGUACAGACCAUGUUGAAUCAAGGCGUUUAUCAGUAUUUAUUUAACAUAACAGCUGACCCCACAGAACACAACAAUCUCUAUGACAAGUACCCAGAUAUUGUGAAGCAGCUUCAAGACAGACUGGAGGAGUACAAGAAGAAAUAUGUGCCCCCGAACUUUCCCCUCCCUACGCCUAAAGCUAACCCACAAAACUUUGGAGGGGCCUGGACCCCAGGCUGGUGUUAAUAAACUUAACAAUGUGUUAACCUAAUUUUAAUGAACAUUUGGCUACAUUACUUCAAUUUAACUUAAAGUAGAAUAAACAGAGUUUUAUUGGGGGGGGGGGGGUAUGUUUUGAAGUGGAUUUUAAAAUAAACUACAUUUAAAAAAAACAUAUGCCAGUAGUGUGUGCUUGUUAUACAUAGCUCCACUGUUAAUGUAUUUAGUAAUGUUUUAUAAUCGUUCAAAAAGAUAACAAUAUCGUUCUGGUAUUGUCUAUCAUGACCUACAACUAGAUCUACUGCGAAAUGUGGGAUGUAGAAAAACAAUGUGUCAGAAGUACAUACAAACAAAUGAAGCCUACUAGCAGUAAGUAAACAAUAAUUUCAGUACAAUGGUUUUAAACACAAUUUCGAUAAUUUUUUUUCCUAAUAAUAAUGAAGUACAAAAUUCGUUUCUUUUAUCGCUAAAGUUUUGUAUCAAACUAAAAUUUGACCAUG